CCAUAUUUAUAGUCGCCGACUGAUAGCUACUUCAUCUCAUGUUCAGUCUAUGGCCAGUUUGGUAAUGUCCAAAGCAUCAAAAUGGUUCUCCCUCAAGAGAUCCAAGCUCAAUCUAUUCGUCCCUCACCGCCAUGAUGACAUGCCAUCCUCUCCCAUCGCCCUUCCUUGUUCACCGUCGAGUGGCAGAGAUAGGGCGACCGAAUUAUGGGAGGUCUUCAAACAUUUUGAUCAAGAUAGGGAUGGCAGGAUUUCCUGUGCUGAACUGAGGGCCUCCUUUGGGCUGCUUGGGGAGGAGAUGCCAGCGGCGGCAGCUCAAGCUGUCAUUGCCGACUUGGACUCCGACGGCGACCAACUUUUGGACUUUGAGGACUUUGUGAGAUUGUUAGAGAGGGAGGGAGGGAAGGUGGAUGGAGAGGAGGACGAGGAACUUAAGAAGGUGUUUGAGAUGUUUGAGGUGGUGAAGGGGUCAGGAAGAAUCACUCCGAGGGGGUUGCAAAGAAUGCUGAGUCGGCUCGGCAACGAGAGGUCAAUCAAGGAGUGCAAAGCCAUGAUAGGAGCAUAUGACCUUGAUGGAGAUGGCGAGCUCGAUUUCCAUGAGUUCCAUCAGAUGAUGAAUUAAUUAGGAUCGGACGAGAAUCUCGUAACUUGAUACAUGUUUGCAUGCAUGUCAACUGCAUCAAGGUGUACGUAUUGUCGAUGAAUCACUCUUGUGUCAUCUGUGUUGGUUUGAUUCGUUUGUUUUGUGUUGCAAAUCCAAUGUGUGUGUGAUGUUUUCCGAACUAAAAUAAAAAAAUAUCGUUGCCUA